UUUCAUGUUGAAGGAAUUGUCAUUUGAGCCCAGGACAUCCUAAUUGGCCAAUGUAAUUGCGUAAUGCUUUGGGGGCGGGGACGGGAAUAAGCACAGUCGCACUACAAAGAGACAAAGGGUGCUGUUCGCCGCCAUUUUAAGAAGUCUCCAGGAGAGUUAUCUUGGUGGGCUAGAUAGCAAAAACGGCUGCUGUGACGCCUACAUUUUAUUUAUUGUUUGUUAUCUUUUAAAGCGUCGGUCAUUUCAGGUUACGUUUGUAUAAAGUUAAUUUUGUAUUCUCAUUUGUUCAAAGUCAAAAAUGUCUCGAGACCGCUUUAGGAACCGUGGCGGAUUCCAGCGCCGGGGAGGCGGUGGGAUGCGUGGCGGAAUUGGAAACCCAAACUUUAGGAAUCAGAAUCCACAUCCCUUCCAAAACAGAGGUCCCCAACAAGGGAUCGGGCAUGGACAUCCACCAAACCAGGGACCCCCGGCCAACCCAACAACUCCACAGAAACCUCAACCUCCUGCUACGGUGACCCAGCCUGCAGCCCCAGCGACACCACAGGCCCCUGCUCAGGCGAACAAGACGCCCCCACAGGGCCCUGUCGGACAGCCUAAGCUGCAGUCUCCGCCUGCGAAGCCUGGACUCACGUCGCCACCGAACCAAGCCAUCAAGAACCCACAAAAAACGGGAAUUGGAAACGGCCAGAAACCAGCCCAAGCCGCAAACAAGCCGCCCCCAGAAGAGCAAAAGACAAAGCCCAAUGAGCACAACGCACAGCCGCAGGAGUUGAGGGCAACAUUGUCCCUCUUACGCAGACCAGGAGAGAAGACCUACACUCAGCGGUGUCGUCUCUUCGUUGGAAAUCUCCCUAACGACAUCACCGAGGCUGAAUUCAGAAAGCUUUUCUCCAAGUAUGGAGAACCAAGCGAAAUCUUCAUCAACAAUAUUAAGGGAUUUGGCUUUAUUCGUUUGGAAUCGCGUGCCUUGGCUGAGAUUGCCAAAGCAGAAUUGGAUGACGUGCCCAUGAAGGGCCGACAGCUGAGGGUGCGCUUCGCCACACACUCCGCUGCUCUGUCUGUGCGCAACCUAUCCCCUUUCGUCUCCAACGAACUGCUGGAUGAAGCCUUCUCUCAGUUCGGUCAGGUGGAGAGGGCGGUGGUCAUUGUGGACGACCGUGGACGCUCCAUUGGGAAGGGCAUUGUUGAGUUUGCCACAAAACCAGCUGCCCGCAAGGCUAUGGACCGCUGCAAUGAUGGAGUCUUCCUGCUGACCACGACACCACGUCCAGUUGUGGUGGAGCCACUGGAGCAGUAUGAUGAUGAGGAUGGUCUGCCCGAGAAGCUGGCUCAGAAGAACCCCAAGUACCAGAAGGAGCGCGAGCAGCCCCCUCGAUUCGCCCACCCCGGCUCCUUCGAGUUUGAGUACUCUCAGCGCUGGAAGUCUCUGGACGACAUGGAGAAGCAGCAGCGCCAGCAGGUGGAGAAGAACAUCCGCGAGGCGCGCGACAAGCUGGAGGGCGAGAUGGAGGACGCCUUCCACGAGCACCAGGCUAACCUGCUCCGACAGGACCUGCUGAGGCGCCAGGAGGAGCUGCGGCGCAUGGAGGAGAUGCACAGCCAGGAGAUGCAGAAGCGCAAGGAGAUGCAGCUGAGGUACGGAAGGCACGAGGAGGAGCGGCGCAGGCGGGAGGAGGAGAUGCUGCGGCAGCGGGAGAUGGAGGAGCAGAUGCGCCGCCAGCGUGAGGAGUCCUACAGGAUGGGCGGCUUCAUGGACUCUAGAGAACGCGAUAUGAGGAUGAGUGGAAGCGGAGCAAUGGGCAUGUCAGAUAUGCCAUUUGGCUCACCAAACCAGAAGUUCCCCAUGGGCAACAUGGGCUUUGAGGGCCACCAGGGGAUGGGGGCGCCUGCAGCAGGGGGCAUGGGAGGUGCCAUGAUGCCCAAUGAAAUGCGCAAUGAGCGUUUCCCCCAGGGUGGCCCAGGGGGACCCAGAGGAAUGGGCCCUGGGAACCCCGGAUUCGGCCGUGUCCGCGAGGAGUUUGACGGGCCUGCCAAGAAGCCCCGGUUCUAAUGGUUAUCUGUCUCACCUUUAAAAAAACAAAAAACAACAAAAAAAGCAGCACUCUUGUGUAGGUUCUCCAUCUGAACAUCCUGAGUCAAAUGUAUUUAAGUUGAGUAUAUUUUGCAUUUUAGCUUGAAGAAUCAUAAUUUUAUGGAAAGUUCUUUUUUUUUUAUUUUUUAUUUUGUAUUUGAAGUAGUGUGUAUUUGGUCAUCUGGCCCAUCUUGGUGAUUCCUUACCGUGCCCUCUUUCAGUAUAAUCUUCUGUGUAGUUAUAUCGUGUUAUGUGACUCAUGUUGUGGUGGUUCAAUUUGUAAGUUAACCUUCACCUUUCUAUGGUUGUUUUUUGUGCCAUUUAACAUUUUGAAAAUAUGUAACUUUACAAUAAAGGCUGCAAUUGGUUCUUUA